AACUCCAGCAGCGCAGCAGCACUGGAGAUGGAGCAGACCGAGGUCAUGAAGCCAGACACUCUGGAGGAUUUGAUCAAAACUCUCCACAAGCUCUUUGAAAGCGACAGCGUCAAUGUGGAGGAGGUGCAGAGCAUCAUGGAGUCCUAUGAAAGUAAACCUCACGAGUGGAUGAAAUAUGCUAAAUUUGACCAGUACAGAUACACCAGGAAUCUUGUGAAUGAGGGAAAUGGAAAGUUCAACCUGAUGAUCUUGUGCUGGGGUGAAGGACACGGCAGCAGCAUCCACGAUCACACAGACUCGCACUGCUUCCUGAAGCUGCUCCAGGGUCAGCUGAAGGAGACGCUCUUCGACUGGCCCGACCGCACGCUGCAGGGGGGCAUGCUGCAGAGAUCACAGCAGGUGCUGCUGGAGAACCAGUGCGCUUACAUCAACGACUCCCUCGGGCUUCAUCGGGUGGAGAACGUGAGCCACACGGAGACAGCCGUCUCUCUGCACCUCUACAGCCCGCCCUUCCAGACGUGCCGGACGUUUGACCAGCGCACCGGACACCACAACAGCGUCAAGAUGACCUUCUGGAGCAAGUUCGGCGAGAGGACGCCGUAUGAAUCCACCGUUUCACAGGAGAACAACUGAGAAGCACGACAGUGCUCGAUGGAGACUUCUGCAUUAAAAUGAUGUUUAAGACUUGAUCCAGCUCUUUUUAAGAUUCACACCGGACAGUGGGAAGUAAUUCAAGCUGCUUAAUCGUGGCCUAGUUUAGCGCUGGCAAACGAGGCUGAAGGUCUGAAUAGAUGAAUUAGUUGAGCCGCGUGUCAAUCAGCUCUUUGUUGUUGAGAAGAGCCUGUUCUCCCAGCAUUCCUGUGUAAUCACGCUUUUGUACUGAGAGCUGUGGCCUGAAGAGUGUAAUUUAUGUUCAGUCGAAUGAAAGCGCUGUCCUCCGUCAACAACAUCACGCUUCAGCAGAACUCCAUCGAUGUGUUUGAUAAUCGCCAGCCUCCGUUCUGCACACGCUCGCGCUUUUUUUCGAUUUCCAGAUAUUGCCGUCAGUAAUCGAUGUUGUUGAAGAAAUAUGAUCUCUGCAUUUGUAAACUGGAGCUUUUAUUUAAAAUGGACCUGAAUCUUACCUGGAAAUUCAUUUUUGUCUUAACGUUGACGUAAAUAAAACAUUUCCCAAA